UGUCCUAUACAGAUGUCAUAAGGAUGUCUAUGAAUACCUGCCGCAAAUAGGCCUACAGUAAGCUAUUGGUCUACUUCGCACUCACUGUAUGAGGUAUACAACAACGUAAGGCAAAUACCGUCAGAGCUACGUACAGUGAAGCUAUUCCAUUGGAAAAUAUUUUUCAGGCCGUAGACUAGAAGAGAGAGAGGCAGCUCAUCCGACCGCAGACUGGGAAGUAGCCUAGGCGAUGUUGUGGAUAUGAAGAUGAUGAGGAAUGUUUAUUUUUGACUCACAUAUUUUGCCACGAAUGCUGUGUUUUGUGUCGGCGAAUUGUUUUCAGGAUCUAUGAAAUUGUAAUCGAAGGACAAAUGCUUCGGAGCUGCGUUUUACACCAGAAGGAGAUCUGAUUUUGGACUGGACAGGGCGGCAGAGCAUCAGCUAAUCGAGAGGUUGUCGACGCCUCCACUUCCCUUUUACCUCCACCAUGCUGCCCAGUUUGCAGAGAGUCCUGCGGCCCGCCCUCACUCUGAGGUCGGGGAACAUGUUGGGAAGAGUCCGCGGGUCAAACCUAGCCCAGCUCCGCCAGCCUGUACCGAUGCAGUGCUGCAACUUGGGCACACACCCUCACAAGGACCCGAUGGAGCCCUUGAAUUCGCUGCAAGGAGCCAAGGAUUUUAUUUAUAGUCUUCACCCCACGGAACGCACAACACUGCUUAGAGAACUGCACCGGUUUGAGUCGAUAGCAAUAGCUCAAGGGGAAAUGGUCAUCGCCCCUCCCACAUCGGCUCAGCUGAGAUACGUUCUUCUACACAACGCCAUUCCCUUUGUAGGAUUUGGUUUCCUGGACAAUGCCAUCAUGAUUGUAGCUGGCACACAUAUUGAGUUGUCCAUAGGUGUGAUCCUUGGGAUUUCAACCAUGGCAGCUGCUGCCCUGGGGAACCUUGUGUCGGACCUGGCUGGACUCGGCCUUGCAGGUUACGUGGAAGCCCUAGCCUGUCGUUGUGGGCUGGUGGGUCCAGACCUGAACCCCAAACAGGCUGACAUGUGGCAGACGAGAGUUAGCACCCACACUGGUAAAGCCAUCGGAGUUGCCAUCGGCUGCAUCUUGGGGAUGUUCCCUCUACUGUUCUUCAAAGAUGAGAUGAAGAAGAAAGAGGGUGAAAGGGAGGGUAAAGAUGGAUCACUAACCUCCAUCUCCACUGACAGCAGCAGCAGCAAUUGAGACAACUUGACAGAAAGACUUAACUUCUCUGGAAGAGCGAGGACUUAUCAUUGGACUACUACUACUUCACAACCCAACUACUGCAUAAUGAAUAACCUCAAUCUGUUUCACCAGACAGACAGACCUUCCUAGGUAAACUAGAUUACUAACACUACAGUGUAGGAAGCAUGACUACCGUUGAUGUCAAUUGUUGAUGUCAAUGUCUUAAAUAGUCCCUCCUGCAACAUUCAAAAGUAGUAUGAAGAAAAACAACAACAAUGAAAAAUACAAGUGGACCACUCUUCCAACCAUGUUUUCUGCUGCUUCUUUGGUUUUGGUUUUGAGUUGAUGCAACUUUUCUUUUUGAGUUGGUGUAACUUAGUCCUAAUCAGUUAGAGGUGGCCAGGAUGGACUCCUGGUGGACUACAGUCAAUUCAGUUCAAUUGAACUUCAAUAUCCCUCCAGGGGAAAUUCCUGCAACAUUUCGAGUAAGUAAUCAACAUGCUGUGGGUUUUUCUCUCUUUAGAUUAAAUGACAGUGUGAGGAGAGGGCAAGGCCAGCUACUUUAGCGAGAUAGCACAUUUCCAGAAAAUAUUCAGCCUUCAGUUAGUAUGCUGGGGUUGCAACUUUCCUACUGGAUUUAAUUCCACCUUACUUUCCACUAGCUCUGCACUACAAAGCUGAAAUAUGACACGGCUCUUACGGCAGCUUCUAACAGUGACAUCAAGAGUAUCCAUCCCUUUGUAUUGGAGGAUUUGGUCUUUGAGUUUGAGAUGAGGAAUUUGAGUGCUCUAUGGAGCCUGUGUAACUUGGGAGAGUUUCAUAUUAGUUGUCCUGUUCCACAAUGUGUCAGUUUUAGAUGUUUGGGAUAGUGUAGCCUCGGACACCCAGGCUUCGCUCACGAUGUUCCAACAGUCGAGUCAAUGAGACGAGAUUUGGAAGGAUGGUCCCACGAGACGAGGCUUGUAUGGGGUCAGCGGUGUCAUUCAUUCCAUGGCCGAGUGUCAGCUGGUUUAUGUUAUUUCCUUUCAACUUGUGUCCAAUUAAGACCUAGACAACCAGGUGAGGGGAGUUCCUAACUAACCAAUUAAGACCUAAACAACCAGGUGAGGGG